GCCGGCACCGGCAUCGGCCGCACUCUCCCCGGCCACUUGACUCGGGUCGGAGCUCCGCCAGCGCGGAACGCAUGGCCGUCUCCCUGUGUCGUAGUCCCGUCCUCAGACUGCAAGCCCGCCUGAGGAUGGCCGCCUCCGCCGGCAGCGCCAGGACCAUGGCCUCCCAGGGCGGCUACCUGGUGGACGACCCCAAGUACGCCUUCCUCAAGGAGCUGGGCCUGCAGAGGGAGAACUGCGGCGUGUACUACGGCAAGUGGAAGGCCACCGGCGAGACCACCACGUCGUUCUGCCCCGCCAACGGGCGCCCCAUCGCGGACGUGCGGCAGGCCAGCGUGGCGGACUACAACACGUGCGUGGCCGAGGCCCAGAAGGCCUGGGCGGGCUGGGCCGAGCUGCCGGCCCCCCGCAGGGGGGAGAUCGUCCGCCAGAUCGGCGAUGCCCUGCGCGCCAAGCUGCUACCCCUGGGCAAGCUCGUGUCCCUCGAGAUGGGUAAGAUCCUCCCCGAGGGCGUCGGUGAGGUGCAGGAGUACGUGGACAUCUGCGACUACGCCGUGGGGCUGUCGCGCACCCUCAACGGCGCCGUCAUCCCGUCGGAGAGGCCCGGCCACGUGCUGCUGGAGCGCUGGAACCCCGUCGGCGUGGUGGGCGUCAUCUCCGCCUUCAACUUCCCCAUCGCCGUGUACGGCUGGAACGCCGCCAUAGCCAUGGUGUGCGGCGACGCCGUGGUGUGGAAGGGCGCGCCGACGACGCCCCUCGUGUCCGUGGCCACCACCAAGGUCGUCGCCGAGGUCCUGGAGCGCAACGGCAUCCCGGCCGCCAUCUGCAGCCUCGCCCAGGGCGGCGCCGACGUCGGCAAGGCCAUGGCCGAGGACGAGCGCGUGCCCGUCGUGUCCUUCACCGGGAGCACGGCUGUCGGACAGCAGGUCGGCGUGACCGUGCAGUCCCGCUUCGGCCGCAGCAUCCUGGAGCUGGGCGGCAACAACGCCAUCAUCGUGGCCCCCGACGCCGACCUGGACAUGGUCAUGCAGUCCGUGGUGUUCGCGUGCUGCGGCACGGCCGGCCAGCGCUGCACCACCACGCGACGCCUCAUCCUGCACAAGUCGGUCUACGACACUGUGCUCGAGCGGCUCAAGAAGUCCUACGGCACGGUUAUGGGUCGCCUGGGUGACCCCCUGAACGACACCACCCUGUACGGCCCCCUGCACAACGCUCAGGCCGUCGACAACUACAAGCAGACCAUCGCCGAGGCCGUCAAGCAGGGCGGCAAGAUCGAGUUCGGCGGCAAGGUGGUGGACCACGAGGGCUUCUUCGUCGAGCCCACCAUCGUGACGGGCCUGGCCCACGACAGCGCCGUGGUGCAGAAGGAGACGUUCGCGCCCAUCGUGUACCUGCUCAAGUGCGACAGCGUGGAGCAGGCCGUGCAGUGGAACAACUCCGUCAAGCAGGGCUUGUCCUCCAGCAUCUUCACCAAGGACCUCGGCACCAUCUUCAACUGGAUCGGCCCCAAAGGCUCGGACUGCGGCAUCAUCAACGUCAACAUCCCCACCAACGGCGCGGAGAUCGGCGGCGCGUUCGGCGGCGAGAAGCACACCGGCGGCGGCAGGGAGUCGGGCUCGGACUCGUGGAAGCAGUACAUGCGGCGGGCCACCAUCACCAUCAACUACAGCAAGGAGCUGCCGCUCGCCCAGGGCAUCAAGUUCGAGUAGCACCGGGGCCUGCACUGCCAUCCACUGCCCUGCACCCUGGGCCUUCCCUCCAUCCCAAGCACAUCCAUGACACGCAGUGUUGCCGCAUCAGUGGACAAAAUUCCCCACCAUUCGACAGAGUCAGAAGGGCUGCCAACCUCAGCCUCGGCAAUCUGAGCUUUGCUGUGGAGAAGUUGACCAGUAAGCAGGCUAAAGUUGGCAACCCUUUCGACACCAGCGCAUCGAGGGAAUUUUCGCCUUCUUACGUCGCAACACUGAUGACACCCCGCCCGCGCAGAUAACCGUGUUUCGGGCGGAGAGUUUGAGACCUUGACAACUGCCAAAAAUAAAACGACUUUCUUUUUUUUGUAA